AGCCUUCCUGACGUCAUGCCUGUUUCCUCCCCCCUGUUAGAGGAGAGGGAGAGAGAGAGAGAGAGACAGCCUGUCCUCCCUGCUCCCCUGUCUCGGUCGGACAAGACGGUCCCGGAGCCUCCAGACUGGGAUUAUAGGAGUGAGAACAUGCGGGCUGCAGGGCACCAGCUAGCCGCAGUGCUGGCUCUGUUUGCCGCAGUGUGCGGGUCACACGCGGAGGUGAUCGAUGACAUCCUGAGCAGCCUCUCCAGGGGAGCAUCCUUCCUGGAGCGGCAACAUGAGCACAUCAACCUGGACGGGGUGGUCGGUUUCCUCAUGCUGCAGGCUGAACUGAAGGAAGCAGUUCGGACGUGGCCUCACACAGACACGGUCAGCUGGGCUCAGAGAACCUCCGCCGUCGCUCUGGUCAAGCGUCUGGACCAAAGCUUCGACAAGGCCGUCGCUGCCCUGCAGCAGAAUGACCCCAAAUACUACAGAGAGUUUGAGCCCCUGCUGUCGUGGAGCUUCUGGUUGAUUCCUCAGGAGUGGAGCUCCACAGACCCCAGCCUGGUCUAUCCCUCCUCCAUGACCACCGAGUGUUACGACGAGCAGCUCAGUGACAAGUGCCUGACCCUGCUGCUGGGAACCUGGAAGAUGAACGGGACGCCCUGCAUCGUCACGAAGCCCUGCCGGGACACCAUGACUCGUUUCGGUUGUCCACACUACUCUCUGUCCCACCAGCUGCUCUACUUCAUGAUCGGCAAAAUGAGAGGCUGCAGCAACCUGCUGAAAGGCGACACUCGAGAGUCCCGAGUCAACAUGACUGAACGGAGCUACGAGAAGAUUUUCUGCUCCAACAUGAUGAAGACCAACCAGGACAUCAUCAGAGACGGUCUGACCGAACAGACGGUGGACAUCUUCAUCGAGAACAUCCUGAUUUGUGGAUUGUCUGGUUUCUUCGACUUCUACAAAGCUGAUUGGCUGCAGCAUAUCCUCCGGCUGCAGGAUGAGGAAGUGGGCUGCUUUGGACGAGACAAGAGCAUCAUCUCUCAGAUCAUUGGAGACGAGCUGCUGGAACAGCUGCAGCCUCACAGGAGAGUGAAGAGGAGGGAGAAAAUACUUCCAGGUCAGCUCCAGGACACAUCGAAUUAUUCUGCCGUCACACAGGCUUAUUUACUGUGAUCUGCUGAGUCAUUUAUUAAGAGCUCAAAC